UCUCAUUACGGAUGUAAACACAACUUGGUGCACAUGGAACGAAAAGCGGGAAUGAUGCCGACUGUGGAGCGGUUUGUCUAUCCGGGAAAAGGGAACGGGUUGCGGGCUACAGCCAGGAUAGGCAGAGGACAGCUGGUGACCUCCGCCGAGCCGCUGGCGUGCUGUGUGUCCAGCAAGCGGGCCAGAGAGGUUUGCCACUACUGCUUCACACGACGAGUGGCCCUGUUGAGAUGUUCUCAGUGCAAGAUGGCUCGCUACUGCAAUACAACUUGCCAGAAACAGGCAUGGUCCGGCCAUAAGAGAGAGUGUAAGUGUCUGCGUAGUCUCCUGCCUAGACAUCCUACUGACUCAGUCCGUCUGGCCGCAAGACUCAUAUUUGCCCUGUUAAGUCCUACUAAGAGCAUCAGUAAUGAGCUCUACACUUUGGAGGAACAUGAAUCACACCUGAAUUCCAUGUCUGAGCAGAAGAAGCAAGGUCUUUCUCAGCUGGCAUCCAUCUUGGAACUGUAUGUACAACAGGAAGAUUCUAACUUGACACAGGAAAUGACAUCAGCCCUGCCACCUUCCUGCCAGGAUCCCCUUAGCCUUAUUGCAAAGGUGACGUGUAAUUGUUUCACCAUCAGUGACGCGGAGCUGCAGGAGAUCGGAGUGGGGCUCUAUCCAAGUUUAUCCCUGUUAAAUCAUGACUGUCGGCCAAACUGUGUGAUGGUAUUUGAGGGAACGAGGCUGCAGCUCCGGGCUGUCCAGGAUAUCAGCCCUAAAGAGGAGUUAACUAUAAGUUACAUUGAGACUUUGUCUCUGGCUGAAGAGCGACAGAGGCAGCUGGACGAGCAGUACCACUUCAUCUGCCGCUGCAAGAGAUGUGACUCAAAAAAAGAGGAGGGACUCAUGCUGUCAGGGGAGGAAGAAAAAUGGAACCAGCUCAAGAUGACCCUACCAAGACUGGAAGAACUGAAAACUGACUCCAAUUGGCAGGUGUUGUUGGAGAGCUGCAGUCAUCUCUUAUCAGCCGCUGGGGAUGAAGUUCCUGAUGAAAAUCUGUACAAGCUCAGGGUUACAGACAUGGCUUUAGAUGCUGCUGUUAACCUGGGACAGUGGGAGGAGGCUCUGAGAUAUGGCAUGAAGACACUUCCAGCUUACAAAUUGUACUACCCUGAUCCACAUCCAGUUCAUGGAGUUCAGCUGAUGAGAGUAGGAAAGUUGCAGCAUUACCUGGAGCACAUCAAGGAUGCUUUGGACACAUUUAAAGAGGCCUUUAUAAUCAUGAGGAUCACUCACGGUGAUGAUAACUCCUUGACAGCUGACCUGAAAAUAAGGAUGGAGGAAUGUCGUCAGGAGAUAGAUAAGCCGUUUUCUGGCAGACACUAAGACACACUAAGGACUGAUGAAAAAGUGAAAAAUACAUUAAAAGUUUAAAUAUCUAUAGCGUAGAUUAAAGAGUAGUACAGAGUUGCCCUUGAAAUUUUACAUCCCAACCCAUUUAAAAAAAGACUUUUUAGCCCUUGCAAUUAUACUCUUAAGCCUCAGAUUACAACUGUUCAAAUUGCAUUUUCUAGGCCUAAAUUUAGCAUAUCACAUCCACAAUAAAAAAUACUUUGUAUGUUUUUA